CGUUGUACAAAAGAUGGCGGCCGCACGAUUAUUUGAGCACGUUUCUGUGCAUAUUUUUAAUUCUGAAGGGGACAAAAGAUUAAAAUAUAAUGUUCCAGUCAGUGUGUCUAUAGAAUAUGAUCCUCAUGGAUUAUCUUGCAAAAUUAGUAAAGAUGGGAAUGUGGAAGUGGAGAUUCCUGUUGACAACAAAACUGAAUGCUGCAAAUUUGGUGCCAAAUCUUAUGUGUUUGCUUCCCAUGAAGACCUCCUGCUCACAUUCUCCUCCACAGCUGAUGCUAGGAGGUUCCAUGAAAUCAUCUAUAAGGUUAAGGUCGGCAAAGAAGCGUCUGUUUUCAAUGAGAGAACAGAUGACUCUAGUGCAACCCAAUAUUUCCAGUUUUACAGUUACUUAUCACAACAACAAAAUAUGAUGCAAGACUACAUCCGAACCGGCACUUACCAGCAAGCCAUUUUGUCGAACAUGUCGGAUUUUAAAGACUGCAUCGUGCUGGACGUAGGGGCAGGGUCUGGCAUCCUGUCCUUCUUCGCUGUACAGGCGGGGGCUAAAAUGGUCUAUGCUGUUGAAGCUUCCAGCAUGGCGCAUCACUGUCAGACGCUGGUUAAGUCAAACAACCUGCAGAACCGCAUCAAAGUCAUAGCAGGGAAAAUAGAAGAGGUGGACCUGCCGUGCACUGUAGACGUGAUCAUUUCUGAGCCCAUGGGCUACAUGCUCUACAACGAACGUAUGCUAGAAACUUACAUCCAUGCCAGAAAGUGGCUUAAACCAAACGGCAAGAUGUUCCCUAGCAGAGGAGACCUCCAUGUCGCGCCUUUCUGUGAUGAAGGACUCUAUUAUGAACAACUUAAUAAAGCUAAUUUCUGGUACCAGAACUGUUUUCACGGGGUUGACUUGUCACACUUGAGAGACGAGGCGCUGAGUGAGUACUUACGGCAGCCCAUAGUUGACACAUUUGACAUGAACAUCUGUCUCGCCAAGUCUGUGAGACACACACUUGACUUCUCGACUGCGGCCGAGACAGAUCUCCACCAUCUUGAAAUUCCGCUUGAGUUCCACAUCCUGAAGAGCAGCAUGAUGCAUGGACUGGCGUUCUGGUUUGACGUGGCAUUCUUAGGAUCAACGCAGACAGUCUGGCUGUCUACCGCCCCCACCGAGCCUCUCACCCACUGGUAUCAGGUGCGGUGUCUGCUACAGAAACCCAUGUUUGUGAAGGAGGGGCAGCUGGUGACCGGCAAAGUGCAGCUCAUUGCAAAUAGAAGACAAUCGUACGACGUGAAGCUGUCGGUGGUGAUCGAAGGCACCUCCACGACUGGCGACAACACACUUGACCUUAAGAACCCUUACUUUAGGUAUACGGGAGCUGCUCCACAGCCCCCGCCUGGCAACAGCACAACGUCUCCUUCUGAGAACUAUUGGCAGCAGGUCGACGAGCUCGGUGCUAAGCAGGCCCUGAAUAUGGUGAACGGCAUCACAGUUAACGGACUGGGCGAGGUGGCAUUGGACCAGGGAGCCUCGCUCAUCACGCUCGACGAGUACGCGGAGUGGCGCUAGGGCGUUAGGAGGGGUCGCUGGUCUUCAGGGGGCGGUGCCCCUGCUCGCUGGGAAGCUCUCCUCUAAUCCUCCUACUUACUGGCUAUUUCAUUCGAAUUAUUGCCUCUUCAUUUCAAAAUCUAUUUUUUUUCUCAUGAAUAAUUGACCACAAAUUAAAUCACUAUUUCAUUCAAAUUAUUGCCUCUUCAUGUCAAAAUCUUGGGGGAUAAUUGACUACAAAUUAAAAUCGUGGUGUGAUCAAUUACAAUCAAUUGUAACCGCGAGGAAAUAGGGAUGAAUGUUUAGUCGUGAUUAUGAAAUUGAAGUGUUGGUGCUAAGGCUAUAUGCUUGCAAAAUAUUAUGACCUUGAAUUUACCAGAUAAUUGACGUUAAAUGAAGUCAUAAGCUGGAAAUCUCCUAAGGAGCUCUUAUUUGUGAACUAGAAAUAAAAUGUUUUCUCCGUAUCCUCCAGUUCAACAAUAAUUUACAUUGACAUAGAUUUAAAAAAUUCAAAAUCCUAUUUGAAGCGGGAGUUUACAUAUGUCUCAUAGUAACAUUAUUUUCACAUUUGUGAUGUGAAAUUUAUUUUCUUGUACAUAGAGCAAUUAUGUACGGGGAAGACCUGUCAUAUUCUCAAUAUGAACUUGCAGCUAAUUUGUCAUGUGGCAAGCUAUUAAUUGUAGGAAUAACGUCACUGCGCUGUUCGGUCGCCAAAGCAGACUUUUGACGCAGCAUUUAAUGUCAAGUCGCGAGUCGGUGUUGUGGUUAUAUCUGAAGGUUCCGUCCGCGACAUUAAUAUUGUCCACGCUAAGUUAUAGCUUGAUCAUUUGAGCGUUUCUCUAUAAAUGGGUUUGGACUCUGUGACAUUAGCUGGUAUUUUACGUUACAUUCAUUGUUUGAUUAUUGAUGGUCGGACUGCGGACCAGAGAUUUUGUUAUCUUUGUUUCAUUUUGUGGCUUUAGAGUUCAUUUCAGUUUCAGCAUCAUAUUGGUUUCAUUGGCUAUGCGGUGCACGUUGCAUAGAAAGGCCCCGCGCAAGUAGACAUAAAUUCGGAGUAAGUGUCACUUGUUUAGAGGUCGGCGAAAGUUUCGAUUACUUCACAAGUUGUGAUAUUUCGUUUCGGGGUUCUUUUAUUUUUCAUCUUAUGGUGAUAAAAUUGGGUUAAAUUAGAUCAUAUAAUGCUACAUCUUGUUCAUUACGAUCAAGCUGAGUUGAAUUGCCGUGCUUGAUAAUUAUUAAAAUCACGAUUCAAACGUAUUAUUUACAACUGUGUUGGUCCUGUAUUAUUCCAACUCUCUUAUAUUGUUCUUGAUUAGUUAAGUUAGUUGAAUGGGUCAUAUGUUGGGUCAAUACCAUGACACAUCAUCGAAAUAGUUCUCAGUUCUUGGUCGGUCAGAACGCGCGAGUUAUGCGCACUUUGCUAAUGAGAUUUGAAUGAAACUAUUACCAUUAUAUGGUAUGUGACAACGAAUAGGCUGUUAUCGAGCGCGUGGUAACGCGCCCUACUUCCAUUCGACUGUUUUAGAGGCCAAGAAAGCUAUUACAAAGCUUUAUUUGUUAAUGCAGAAGAAUUUAGAAUUCUUCUAUAAUUUAAUAGCACUUUUUUGAUGCUCAAGAUUAAGCAAAUGGCAGCCAAGCUCCUACUCGAGGGCAGACAAUUAGUUAAUUAUUUUUAGAUUCUCGUUAUCGGUCAAUCUUCAGCAGCUAAGAUCUUCGUGAAUAUUAGAUAAUUUAAGUGUGAUAUUCAUGAGAUAUUUGAAUGUCUGCACUGGCUCACUGGAAUGCCGAAAUAUAAUAAUGUCUCACUUAGACUCAUCGGCACUAACUUAUAUUUUUGGGCAUUAUUUUCUUUUAAAAGCUUGUUUAGUUUUCUUAAAUGUCCUAUUUGCUGGCAUCGUCGACUGGCGUAUGGUUCGUAGGACUUACUUCGAUGCUAACGUCUUUCGCAUGACCAGCAAUGCUCAUCGUUCAUGAGUUAUGUCCGUUGAAAUGUUCUAAGAUCAUGAAAGAUUAAUAAAACUUGGAUGAAAUGUGAUGUUGAAUGUCCGAUUUACCUCUUCAUUUUAUAAAAUUUCUUAUUCACAAUGUAAUGGUGCUUGCAUUUUUAGUAAGUAUACCGCAGCUAGACCGGUUUCCGACAUCAGCAUUGGUUGAUAGUAACAGACGUCAAUGUUGUUUGUAAUUUACUGAUAGUAUGUAUGAAAAUUAGUCUUCAAAUUGCCGGUCACUUAAUUUUUUUUAAUUUGAUUCUGUAAUUUGGAAUUAGUAUUAGAAUUUGUAAUUGUUUGGAAAUCUAAAAAUCGUAUUGUUCACGAUAUUCCUGGUUCGCCUGAUGAAUAAAUGAUUGAUUCCAGUUCUCGAUGGAAUUACAGUACCCUAUCUUAGUUUUUUUACGUGAACAUUAUUGAUGCCUUCGCACAUUAAUAUAGAAUUUCUGAACGACCUUUCGUUGGAGAGGAUUUGGGUUGUGAUUACUACACGUUCUUUCAUUAAAUCUCAAGCGUCCGUAUUAAAAUGAGGAUGACAACAUGUAAUGCUGUAUUUUAGCGUUUCCUCGGCUCAUUGGUCUUGACUUUAUUUUUUGACUAAGAGUUCUAUUCCUACUAUAGAUCUUCUCUAGAACUUCCUGCCUGGUGUUUUCUACUUGCUCCCUUCAAAAAUUAUCUCGGUCAUCGUACGUUCGCCGUUGUUAGUAAUUUUUUCAUUCAAAGUAGACUAGUAACUAAUAAAUCAAUCUACACUCGAGUGUUAGACUCUGUAGUCAUUUUUGAAGAUCGUGCUUCUGUACUUUGGUUGUUCAUGUGCCUGUCUCGUGCAAACGUCACUUCGCUUUGUAACGUUUCUUGGAAGAAUUGAAUAAUUGAGAAAUGAAUGGGAAAGGAAAUAACUUCUUAGAGAAUUGAGCACUCAGAGCUGUAAAUGAAACAGGAAUGAGCGCUCGAGAAAUUAAGGUGAAAGUGAUAUCAGUGGAGAGAAAUGAAUUAUCAAUAAAUGUAAUUGAAAAGAAAUGAUCACUCUAAGAUAGAAGUUUGAAAAUGAGCUAACGAGAAAUGUAAGCGGAAAGAGAUUAUCGCCCAAUGAAUUUGUGUGGUCCAGGAUGGCGUAAUAUUGCUACUUACAAUUGUUGGUGUGAUUUUGUGGUCUUUAUUUUCUAGAUCUGUCUUCCUCUGCUUAUUAUACUGCCAUGUUCACGCUAAUAGUGGACAUUCAGAAAGGAAAUAUACUCUAUGCUCUGAA